UCUAACGUUACUUAUAUCCAGUAUAUCUUUAUUUACUGAUAUAUAAAAUACUAAUAUUCGGAUAUUAGAAUCUUAUUUGAUUGCAGGAUUGUGUGUGAUGAUCUUCAUGUAAAUUUAACAUUUUUGCAACUCGGUUCACUCAUUGCAGCAUUAGCUGAAUCAUGGAAGAAGAAUUAUCAAACGCUAGUUAUGAACAUUUGGUCAUAGGGGCACAAAGCCUAGAGUAUGAUGGAAGAGGAGAAGAAAAAGAAAUAGAUUCAACUAAAAGUGAUCUUGAUACACAUGUUGCCCUCGGAGUCGUCGAUGUUAGCAAUGUCAAGAUUGAUCAAUCUCAUUCAAAGCUAAAAGUUAUUGGUGGUGGCGAAGGAAAGACCACAGCAAUGAACAGAAUUGAUGGUGCUCACAGUCUUCAUUUAGACCAAGAUAAUAUGAGUGCUAAAGUAGAAUCGCAUGGAUCUGGGAUUACAGCAGUGAAUCUUAUAACCAAUUCACAAAAUAUCACACAAACAAUGAAUAAUUCAAAGUUUGUCGUUGGUGGCAGUAAGAAGCCCAACAGAUCAUCGAAGCCAAGUAUAACGUCAGUAAAUCACUUCGAUCAAUGCCACGGUAUCACUAUAACAGGCAACUCGCAUACCAGAAGUCACAAAAGAAGAAUCACCGCUCACACUGUCAUCAGUGGAAAUUCAGAUGUUACCAUUCACCAGAAUAAUGGCACCAACACCACAAUUAUAUUUGAUUAGAUUUAAUAUUGUAAAUGAGUGACCUUCAAUUUAAACUUUUAUUCUAGUUUUUAGUCGAUUCAAUAUAACAUAUAUUUUAAAUUAUUUUGUUAAACUUUUUAUCAAUUUCAAUCAGUCAAUAUUUUUUAUCGUCUUUAAUAUUCUAAAAAGUUCAUGAGCAUGAACUGUCCCUCAUCAUUAGACAAAACUGAAAGAAGUAUACCGUUAUAAGUCCUAUUUUUCUCAGAGUGACAGUUGCACCUAAAACUAGCAAGCCUUUUUAAGAACAAAUAACGGGAGCAGCUUGAAAUAAAUAAGAGAUCCAAAAUAUGCAAAUGGUAUAUAGCUUAAAAAAAUGGAACCACUAGAUUAAGUCGCUCUCAUGAAUAUGUAUCACUUGUGUUUUAUCUUCAACGGUGCACAUAUAUCAGUAGCAAAAUUUCUCCUUCCUAACGAAUUUGGCACUUCGUUUGUAUAGUAACCAUUGCUAUGUCUUGUAUCCUUUACUUGUUGUCUCACUAUCAUUCUUUUGAAUCAUUGCGGUGCUAGUUCUAACUAACCACUGCUAAAAAUACAAUAAUACUGUCGUUUUUAAUCUUUCAGAGCCAUGGGCUUUUUUGAUAAUUUCGAUAAAAACGGUGUUUUCUUUACUAGAAACAAUGCUUUUCAUCUAAACUGCAUGGGAAAUUGCUUUAAAACAGUUACAAACAAUAUGUUCCAUUAUAAACUUUAAUCUUUUUUACCCUUUAUUCUUGCUUUAUGGAGUUGCUUUAAUUUGUCUUUUUCAAGCUUGCCCACAAUUGUGGGAAAUUUUUGAUCUCACAUUAUUCAUGAAAUGACUAAACUCUUUCCGUGAACCACUGGAGGUCCACGAACCUUCGGUCGGUGUCAUUAUACCAAUAAAUGCAAAAGUCGGUUUCCAAUCGAUAGAAAUACCUGGCAAAGUGUUUCAGCUUAUCCAGGCAGCUGAUAAGCUAACAUCAACGAGUUAUCAAUAUUAUUAUAUACAGCGUAUCUGGGUGCAUUAAAUUUUUUUUUAAUCGCACUGCUUCAUUUGGAACACGCCUCUCUGGUAAUUGGCGAUUGACAAUAAUGCAUUUAUUCAUUUAGUUGGUAUAUGCAAACUUGUUGAUAAUUUUCUUUAUUAUUACUUCAAUAAUUUUAUGCUUCAGUUUUGAAUCAUGAAAACAAAAAAAA